AUGAAACAGUAUCUUAUAUACUUUGCACAAUCUUUUCCAAAUUUUAGAAGAGCAGAAUUAGAAUCAUUAGCUGAUUUGUAUAAUAUUCCAUUACAUGUUUCUCAUUGUUCUGAAGAUUCUCCCUUUUUAAUUGUAGACUUGGAAAAUGAUGAUCAGGCAAAGAAAUUAAUUCAUCGCUCAAUUUUAACAAGAAGUAUUUAUGAAUUAUGGGGUUAUGGUAAAAAUUAUAAUGAAUUACAUUCAAGUGUAAAAACUAAAUGUAAUGAAUUUGAUAAAUAUAAAAAUGUUAGUUUUAAAUUUGAUUUUGAAAGUUUUAAAGGUGGUGUUAAAUCAAAUAACGCAAAAGCCGAAUUAAUUGAAUCUUUUAGUUAUUUAGCAUUUGAAGGUAAAAUAGAUUUGAAAAAUCCACAAGAAAUAUUUACUGUGUUAGAGGAAUAUCGACCUCAUGGUAUGGAAAUUGCCGAAAUUCCAAUUAAUUUAUGGUUUGGUAGAUUAAUCCAAACAAGUGCAAGGCAAAAUAAAAUUGUUGAAAAAUAUGAUUUAAAAAAGAGGAAAUAUAUUGGAACUACUUCAUUUGAAAGUGAAUUAUCUUUAAUAACAUGUAAUUUAGGUCAAGUUCAACCGGGGAAAUUGACUUACGAUCCAUUUACUGGUACUGGUUCAUUUUUAGUAACAGCUGCUUAUUUUGGCGCAUUAGUUAUUGGUUCAGAUAUUGAUGUUCGAAUGUUACAAGGUAAAAAAAAUUGUAAUAUAAUAUCAAAUUUUAAACAAUAUAAUACUUUGGACAAAUUUAUUGAUGUUUUAACUAUGGAUUUUACCCAUAAUGCUUUGAGAUGUAAUUUUUCAAUAGAUAAUAUAAUUUGUGAUCCACCUUAUGGUGUAAGAGAAGGUUUAAGAGUUUUAGGUGCAAAAAAUCCCGAAAAGGCUGAAGGUAGAAAAAAUAAUGUUAUAAAUGGAGAAAUCGCUUAUUUAAGAAGAGAUUUUAUACCUCCAAAAAAGCCUUAUCAAUUAUCAAGUUUAUUAGAUGAUUUAUUAAAUUUUGCAAAUAAUAGGUUACCAAUUGGUGGUAGAUUAGCAUUUUGGAUGCCAACUGCUAAUGAUGAUUUUCAAGAACAUUUAAUACCACAACAUGAAAAAUUGGAAUUAUUGUAUUGUUUAGAACAAGAAUUCCAAAAGUGGUCAAGAAGAUUAUUAGUUUAUGUUAAACGUAAUGAGAAUUAUAUAGGUAUAACAAGUAAUGGUUUGAAAACCGAAAAUAUUAAACAAUUCAGGGAUAGAUAUUUUAAAGGUUUUAGUGAAAGAAGUAGAUAG